CGCUGGUUUUUCGGACUGCGUGCGGAGUACGAUGUACUUAAGCAGGAUUGUCAUCCCACCUGAGGCUCAGAUCUGCCUCGACCCCGCCACAGCCACACUGCCUGUCUGUCAGCCUUCUCCAUCACCGCCAGGCCAGCUCUCCAUAUGAAGCCACGGAAGCACCAUCGCACAUUCCACCCUCAACAUGCAUCACCCUAAACCCCUCCCCUUACUAUGGACGGAGCCAGCGCCGUGCUCGCCUUCGCCCAGCUCGGCCUCAGCCUCGCCACCACCCUGAACACCUACAUCGCCGACGUGCGUCACGGCCGCGACGACAUCGCCAACCUCGCCAACGAGAUCGAGGCGACCGUCUCGCACGCCCAGGAACUCGACCGCAUCAUCCAAGAAAACAAAACCACAGCGCGCUGGAGCGCCCACGGGCUGUUUUUGGCCAAGAAGUGUCUUCAGGAUUGCCAGGAUGUGAUCCAGCGGCUAUCGAGGCUGCUCCGCCGCUCAGGAGGUGGGGACACGAUGCCCGCGGCGGCGGCGGGGGGUAGAUCCGUUCUUCCUGGCACAACCACCACCACCACCACGUCGGCGAGCGACACAACGAGCGACAGUCGGACGCUAGUUUCGCGCACGGAAAUUGAUGUGUCGCUUUUUGGCCGCCUCUCGUGGCCGCUGUUCAAGCCUCAGCUGCAGUUUCUGAAGCAGGAACUGCAGAAGAUUAAGAUCGAGAUGCUGCUGGCGCUGAGUACUUACCAGGCUAGUUCGACGUCAAAAGAAGAAGAUCGGAAGGCGAUUGUCGAGCGCAUCAUCGCGCUGUGGCGCUCGCGCACCGUCGCCCGUCGCGAGCUCGUCCUCUGUGGUCGCAGACUCGACCGAGCGACCCGGCCUGGUUACGGUGAUGUUCCCGGACAGAAUGAUCGAUUCACUACCUAUAUGAGUGAAGAACGUGGUGAGGAACCAGCGCACGAGUUGCCAAGGACCAGAGGCAUCUCGCCCGAAAGCCUCGACCGCGCGUAUGCUCGCCACCGCGGCCGGCGUCCGACACGAGACGCGCCUGAUGAUCUCGAGAAAGAGCGACCGUACAUGUCUGGCGAUGAAGCCUUUGAGGAGGGCAGAUUCGAGCACCCUCGCGAAGUCAGCACCACGCAAUAUGGGCCGCCAUACGCUCCGGAACCCGAGGACUCGGGGAGGAGGAACCCCGUCAAGCAAGCGAUCGACUAUGCCCUGAAGUUUGCGCUGGCGCCGGAGGACGAUUCUCGAGCGUCGAAGCAGAGGAUCUCGUCGCUGUGGAGCAGAUACAAAGGCGAUCCUGUGGCAUUGAGACAACUCUUAAGAAUGGUCAACACCAUCCCAGCAACGCAACGCAACCCCACAAUCCCACUCAUCCUACAAGACUCCACCACUGCAGACGGCCUCGCCUUCACCUGGUCUCUCCUCAUCACCAAGACCCCAGUCUCCUAUACCGUCCACCCAGUCGACUACCCCCUCCCACAGCUCACCAAGCGCCUUGCCCGCGAAGAACAAAAGUCCGCCCCAUCCGGCGCCCUAAACCUCGAAGCGUACGCAGCCGGAUGCCCGCGGUAGCUCCCGCGCCGAGUUCAGCCCCUCCACCAAGAGAUUGCUGGGCACAGUCACCCCCGCCGUGGCGGGCGCACUGAUCGCGGCGCUGCGGGAGCGCGCGCGGGACCGUCGUCGCCCGGGUCGGGAAUCCCGAC